CUCUCUCCCCCCACAAACUCACGAUCCCCAAGCGAGUCUUAAUUUUAAUGGCUACUCUUCCGAUUCACACACCAUCAACGAACCUUCCUCCACCCCCCACCUCCUCCCCCUACAAAUGCCUUCCACUGCAUCUCCUCUUCUCUCACCAAACCAUCAUCGUAUUCGUCGUCGUCGUAUCAUCAUCGAUGGAGAUGCUUCACUAUUUGCUAGAAUUCCCCUUCGCCUUCCUCUUCCUCCGCUGGAUCAUCGCGGCCCUCGGCAACAACCUCUCUUCCUUGAUCUCCUCGUCCUCGCAGAAGGCCUCGGAGACUCUAAAGCGGGGCGGAGACAUUGAGGGUGACCUAGAGCGAAUAGGGUGGGAAGAGAUGGAGAUCGUCAUGGGGGCUAUCGGAUUGCACGAACGAGGAUCAGGUCGGAGCGCGACGGAGUACUACUGUAGCCCCGAGCAACUCUGUGGGUUGUUCGAGGAGAAAGAGCCGAGCUUGGAGGAGGUGAAGGAAGCCUUCCUGGUGUUCGAUGAGAAUGGCGAUGGGUUCAUCGACGCCGCCGAGCUGCAGAGCGUGCUGAGGAGGCUAGGGUUUGCAGAAGGGGCGGAGUUGGAGGAGUGCAGAGAGAUGAUUCGAGUGUACGAUGCGAACGAGGAUGGGAAGAUCGGGUUUUCGGAGUUUGUUAAGUUUAUGGAGCUCGGUUUUUGCUGAGGCAGUUCGGCUUAUGUUUCCAUUUUACUUUUUCUUUAUAGAAGUGUAAAUAGAUACGAAGGAAAAAGAAAAUCAUAUUUGAGAAAAACAUCAUUAUUUAUU